AUGUAUGGAAAUCCCGUAGAAGAUGUAAGAGAUAAGCGGCAAGUGGUUGGGGUUCUACUCAUCACAGUGAUUGUAGGAUGUGAACCGAUGUUAGACUCUUACAGCUAUAGGAAUGAAGCAUCUCAGUUUGGUGAGCUGUUAAGGCCACCACCUCCACCGCCGCUAUCGAUUCACCCUGUGCCAUUUCAUGGGGCACCUGUAAGGUCUGCGCACCAAAGUGGGGAUAUUAGCUACCAAUAUCAAGUACCUCCGCCACCACCACCAUUACCGCCUAUAGCUGCACCAAGUGACUUUAAACAACCAGCCCCAUUUUACAGACAAUAUAAUUUCAAUUUUGUUCCACAACCUCAGCCAUUUACAACUACUCCGUCCCCUACUAUGUUCCAGAAAGUGUCACAAUGGUUAUUUCCCUCUCAACAAAUUACGGAUGAUAUGAAUAAUUCGCCCAGCAGUUACAGUAUACCACAAAAAAAAGAUUGUAAUCCUUGCAACUUUUCUCCAUGGAUACCAGUUAUACGAUAUGAUCUAACUAAAAAUCAUGACAACCCAAAACCUGUUUAUGGAGUUCCGAACCCCAGUGGUUCAAAUAUAAAUAGUGUGCAAAAUGUCCCCCAAAGGUUCAACCAAAACUCUGAUCCAAAUCAUUUUUCGAUAGAUGGAUCUCAUGUCACAUAUGGUCUACCCAAACAAACAUUUGGAGAAAGUAAUAUCUUUUCUAGUCCAAGUUCAACGUAUGGUCCACCAAGCCACACUGUCACAAUAUCACACACAGUACCAAGUGUAAACCCCUUUGUAAGUUCAUCUUAUGACAUUUCAAGUAAUUCUUAUAGUUCCCCACAAUCAAAUCAUAAUACACCAAAUUUGUAUAGUUCAUUGACAUCAAGUUCUUCAAUAUAUAUAACGCAAUCUUCAACUUUAGGGCCAAGUAUUUCAAACUAUAAUGAACAUAGCCAACGAUUACCAAACAAGAAUUAUGGAGAGUUUUCUUCAACAGUAAAUCCUUCUCAUGACUUCCAAUUACCAAAAGUGGAGCAGCCUACUCAAUUUAAAAAUUCAUACGGUGAACCAAUAGUAAACUCAUAUGCCUUAGAUAUACCUUAUUCAGUUUCAUCUACUGGUGCUGAAUCUCAUAAAGUGAACACGAAAGUCCUUCCAGACAGUAAGCCAUUAUCAAAUACUCCAAAUGUCUCUAUAGCUUUAUCUAAUCCCGCUCCAUUUAGUCUGAAUAAAGGUAGAAACAUACAUACCUUACAACCCGUUGCUUUACCAAAUUUAAGUGUGUCACCAUUACCGCCAAUAUUUAACGCUCGACCUUUUCGGCCAUUUGCACCGAAGUAUUUAAGUCACAGUACGAAAGGAAAUGAUCAAUUAGAUCAACAUAUCAAUAAUCUUAAUAUAGCUAAGAGUAUACCUAUAGCUGAAUUUGUUCAUUCUGUUGAAUAUCCAGCAACAGUCAUUCAAUCUCCUGUUAUUGAUAUAGAUACAAAUAAAAUCAAUAAUCAAACAAAAGCCUAUCGAAAUAUUCCUAACAACUUUAUUAUAGAUGAUUUUCGUGACAUUUCUCCACAAGCUUCGGAAGAUCAUAUUUCUGCGGCUAAUUCUCAUCCCGAUGCAAGUUUUGAAAGUACAGGAGCCGAUUAUGGGAGUGAUCUAUAUGACUCAGGUAUAGCAACUGAGCUAAAGCAAAUGAGCGUCCCCUCUAAUCAUAAUCCGGUCUUUGCUGAUUUAAGAGGAUUGGAUGAUGAAGAUAUUGACAAAUAUCGUACUGAAAGCAACCUACAACAUAUUGAUUCACCAUUACUAUAUCUUAAGCCGAAUGCUCCUCACAAGAGCUUCUCAACGUUCAUAACUCCUUCUACGCCUAGGAAUAUUAAUGAAUAUGAAAUAUAUGAUGAAGUUGUAACAACAGAAGCUCCACAAGACACUACACUUACUAGUGCUUGGGAUGAAAGCAGAAUGUAUUAUGCUCAAGAUUCACCAGAAAAACAAAGUAAUAUAAAUAGAGCCAAAGUUGUUCAAAUUAUUGUUCCUUAUACCAGUGCAGAUCAAGAUAAAGAAAAUAAAUACAACGAUAGAGAAUGGCCUUAUAAUUUAGAGAAGGAUUUCCAGGCUAGAAAAGUUCAAACACAAACAGAGUCUAGUUUCAGCAAUAGACCAACUGUAAGUUAUGAUUCUUCAUCAACAACAGAACUACCUACUUCUGCUGUAACUGAGUAUUAUAAUUCAGAAAAUAUAAAUACACAACCUAACGAUCAUUAUGAAGUUAAAGAAGCUCCAUUUGAUAUAAUAAGAUUACAACAUACAAUAGAUGCAUGGACCCAACAAGAGUAUACGAAAGAUUAUAAAGUACCUAACAAUACAAGGCCUAGCGAAAAAUAUGCUAAGCAAAUACCGGACGAUUUCCUUACCACAUUAAGCCCUUUAACAACGCCAACAGACAAUUUUAACUAUAAUUAUGACUUAUAUGACCACGAAGGAUCAAGUAGUAUACAAUAUACAGUUAGACAUAAUAAAACAAACAAUAUAUCUCCUAAACCAUUUAUGCAAUAUAACACAAUUGAACGCAGUAAAACAAAUCGCGAUAGCGCAAAGAAUGAUGAACUGCGUGAAAUACAAAAACUACAUAUUUAUACUGCAGCUUCUAAAUUUAGAAAAUUAACAACUCUUCCUCCCUGGGGAUACAUACAAACAUCUAUAUCACCUUUAACAAAAGAAAAGGUUUAUGUAGUGACUUCAAAGCCAUGGAGAGAAAAGUCAAAUUUUUCGAAUGAGCAUGAAUCAAAAGUAAAGUCUAGAUCAUCAAAUGACUCUGAUGACAUGCCGUUUAAGUCACCAAGGUUUUCGAAUCGGCCUCCAAUGGGGGAACAAUCAGACGUUUUCACUAAAGGGUGGCACCAAAUUAUCAACAACUUAGAGAGUCGCAUGUUUACUGGAAGUUCGUCUCUUGAAGAUACUUCGAAAGAGGAAGCGCAAGAGACCGAAGAAUCGAAGAGUGAGUCCCAGAGUUGA